AUGGCUAACACCGAUGAUACUAUGGCUGAAUUAAUACAGCAACUUAAAUCAGGCGCAGAUUUAGUAAAAUAUAAGCGUAGUGGGAAAAAGUAUCGUCGUCAAUUUUUUCUUCAUGAACGUGAAGGUUAUAUAACGUAUGACAAAUCGAAUAAAUUUCGUGGUAAACCACGAACAUAUCAUGUACACGAUAUUGAUGAAAUUAGAAUAGGAUUUGAAGCACAAACAUUUGAUCAACUUGUUAAAGAUCGUAAAGUCAAAUCAGAUGAUCACGAUCGUGCCUUUUCAAUCAUAUAUAAUAAUCACCGAAAAGGAUUACAUUUUAUUGCACCUGAUAUGGAAACACGAGAUUUAUGGGUAAAAGGUUUACAACAUUUGAUGAAUAAACGUGGACAACAACGUCAAUAUCAUUUAAUUGGAGAAGACAAUUGGAUUUUGGAAUUUUUUCAUGUUGCUGAUAAAAAUAAAUCAAAUACAUUAUCAAAAAAAGAAUGUCGUAAUUUACUUGCAAAAUCUUUAAAUAUUGAUAUGCCUGAUCAUAUAUUUGAACAAAUGUUUUAUAAAAUACAUAAAAGUAAAUAUGAUACUUUGAAUCCUGAAGAAUUUGUGCAGUUUUUUAAAAUAUUAACACGUCGUGGAGAUCUUUAUGAACUAAUGCAAAAAUUUGUAAAAUAUGCAUAUCAACAAACAAUGGAAAAUAUUUAUAUGGAUAAAAAUGAAUUAUUAUAUUUUCUUCGACUAAUGAAAAAUCCAAAUAUGCAACAUAUCAACAGUCUAACUCAAGCACAAAAAUUAAUUGAUGAAUAUGAAUUGAAUACUGAAUUUCGAGAAAGAGGUUUUUUAGGUCUUGAUGGUUUUCGAAAUAUGUUAUUAUCAAGAAAUUUUGAUAUUACGGAAUCAUCGUAUUCUCGUCAAAUAUAUCAAGAUAUGACAAGACCAUUAUGUGAUUAUUAUAUCAAUACUUCUCACAAUACUUAUUUAUUCUACAGUCAAGUGUCUGGUGAAAGUAAUCCAGAAGCUUAUAAUAGAGUGUUAUUGAUGGGUUGUAGAGCAGUUGAAUUUGAUUGUUACGAUGGUGAUGAUGGUAAACCAAUAGUUAAACAUGCUUUUACAUUUGUAAAACCAUGUUCAUUUGAAUCAAUUAUUCGUCGUAUACAACCAAAUCUUUUUAAAGCUUCUCCUUAUCCAGUUAUAUUAAAUAUUGAAAAUCAUUGUUCACCUGCACAACAAAAACAAAUGGCUCAAAUUUUGAAAAAUUAUCUUGGUGAUUCAUCAGUUUUGCCAUCACCAAAAGAUUUAAAACAUAAAGUUCUCAUUCGUGGUAAAUCAACGUCAAUAUCAACAAUAUCAAAUGUAAUGUUCCAAGAAGAAGCUGAUGAAUAUUCUUCACAGAAUUCAUUAAGAAAGGAUGUUGAACCAGAAUUAUCUGAACUAUUUGUAUAUUUUAUGAAUGUUCCUUAUCAAGAAAAUGAUGACGCUAAAGCAAAUUAUACACCAUUUCAUUCAUCAUCUUUGGCUGAAAAAACGUUUUUGAAACAUGUACAAAGAGAUCCACUCGAUUUAAUUCUACAAACAACAUGGCGUAUUCUUCGUGUAUAUCCUGAUGGUUUAAGACAAGAUUCAAGUAAUCUAGAUCCGAUAAAUCCUUGGAAUUUUGGUGUACAAAUGGUUGCUUUGAAUUAUCAAACUGAUGAUGAUAUGAUAGCAUUAUAUUAUGGUAAAUUUCGUGAUAAUGGUUGUUGUGGUUAUAUACUUAAACCAGAUUAUUUAAUCAAGGCACACAAAACAAAAUUUAAUCCAUGGAAUAGUCCAAUUAAUUUUGAUCAUCCACAAAUUUUAACAAUAACAAUAAUAAGUGGACAAUUUUUACCUCGAUCAAGUGUCAGAGCAAAAGAUAUACCUGAUCCAUAUGUAAGAAUAUCAACACAUGGUUUACCUUGUGAUCAACAAACACAAAAAACGCAAGUUGUUGAUAAUAAUGGUUUUGAUCCAAUGUGGAAUGAAACAUUUGAAUUUCGUAUAAGAUUUCCUCAAAUGUGUCUCAUGUAUUUUUCUGUUCUUGAUCAUGAUACAGUAUCGAAUGACGACAGAAUUGCUUAUUUCAGUGCACCAGUAACAAUGAUACAAGAAGGUUAUCGUCAUAUUUAUUUAAGAGCUAAUAAUAACGAUGAAACUCAUUCAACUCUAUUCGUUCAUGUUGAUAUUCGAAACGAUAGUGAUGCUAAUAAUAACAAUGUUAACGUCGGGAAUACAACUCUUACACGUUUUUAA